UAUUUAAAUGGAAGAAGAAGAAGAUAGUCUCUCAGUUGUUUUUGGUGCUUGCUUGGUGUAUGGUGGUUUUGUUUUGGACUUUUCAAGUGAUCCCUUUUAGAAUUUCAAAUUGAUGAUGGAUGGAAAUGAGAAAGGCAGCACCGACGAUAAGUACGUCCUCUUCAAACAGGAUGAUCUCUUCUCCGAGAGCUUUCCGUUGAUGCGUGAAAUUCGUAGACAGGGAAAAUUGUGUGAUGUCACGCUGAAGGUGGAAGAUCAUUCCUUCUCGGCUCACAGAAUAGUCCUUAGUGCCACAAUUCCCUACUUCUAUGCCAUGUUCACGAAUAACAUGGCAGAGAGUCGGAUCAAAGAGAUCACCAUGAAGGAAAUUGAACCACAAGCUCUGGAGAGUCUCAUCAACUUUGCCUACAGCGGAACAGUAAAGAUUGAUAGCCAGAAUGUUCAGGGAUUGAUGGUGGGAGCAUCUUUUCUGCAACUCAACAAAGUCCGGGAUGCAUGUGCGGAUUUUCUCAUCUCCAAAUUUUCAGCCCACAAUGUCCUUGGCAUCAGAUUCUUUGCUGAUUCCCUGAGCUGUACGCACUUGGUGUCGGCAGCUGAUAAAUUUAUCCAUCAGUAUUUCUAUCUUGUGGCAGAGUCUGAUGAAUUCCUGACUCUCACCUUUGAGGAAUUGAUUGAUCUCGUGCGCCGGGAUGAACUCAAUGUGCCGUCUGAAGAGAAAAUCUUCGAGGCAUGCAUGAGAUGGGUCAAACACGAAACAGGCAGAACAAAUCUCUUGCCACGGGUUCUUGCCAAUGUGCGCCUUCCUCUCCUGUCACCACAGUUCCUAGCUGAUCAUGUAGCUACUGAAGAAUUGAUCAAGACAUCCCAUCAGUGCCGAGAUCUCGUGGAUGAGGCCAAAGAUUGCCAUUUAAUGCCCGAAAGAAGGGCUCUCGUUCAGAGCUACAGGACCAGACAGCGACACUGCAGUGCAGUUGGUUACAUCUACGCUGUCGGCGGACUCACCAAGUCCGGAGAAUCAGUGAGCACGUGCGAGAUCUACAAUCCCAUCAAGAUGCAGUGGACCAUGGGAGAGCCGAUGUCAAUGCUACGGUCCAGGGUAGGAGUAGCAGUGACUGGGGGUAAGUUGUAUGCCUUUGGGGGCUUCAAUGGCACAGAACGGCUGUCCACGGUGGAAAUCUACGACCGGAAACUGCGAAAGUGGUCUCAAGGACGCUCCAUGAUGUGCAAGAGAAGUGCGGUUGGUGUUGCGGCUCUCAAUGAUCUUGUGUACGUGUGCGGUGGCUAUGACGGUGUUACAUCACUCAACACAGUUGAGUGCUACAAUCCUAAAACGGACACUUGGACGAGUGUGGCACCAAUGAUGAGGUAUAGGUCAGCAGGUGGUGUCGCUCCACUCGGACAGUACAUCUAUGCUCUGGGCGGACACGAUGGUCUCUCGAUAUUCGAUUCGGUUGAACGAUAUGAUCCGGCAACGAAUACGUGGACCAAAGUUAAGCCGAUGCUGAAUCGUCGGUGUCGUCUUGGCGUCGCGACGCUCAAUAACAAACUGUACGCGUGUGGUGGCUAUGAUGGUAACACCUUCCUCAGUUCUGUCGAGGUAUACGAUCCCGAAAAGGAUAUGUGGAAGCCAGUGGCGUCGAUGAAUGUGAAACGUAGCCGUGUGGCUUUGUGUGCCAAUAUGGGUAAACUUUGGGCCAUUGGAGGCUACAAUGGUGAGUCCAAUCUCAUGUCCAUGGAGAUCUAUUGUCCAGAAAUGGAUACAUGGGUCUUUGAUGCACCAAUGUGUGCCCAUGGAGGUGGUGUUGGAGUUGGUGUUUUACCCAUGCCCUGAGAUUAUUAAAAAAAAAAAGAAAUCCAGAGCCAAUAGCUCAUCAUUCUCUUUUCUUGCUCCAAAUGUGAUGUUGAUUUUUUUUACGACACUAUUCGAUAGAUCUUUGAGAUUCUCACAAUGAAAAAUAGAAAGAUUUAGUCAACUUUUAUUUUGUGUCCCAUGGCACUGAAAAUUGUGUUUGAUAAUUAAUUUAUUUUUACUAUCAUCUCCAUUGGGACUUGUGUUCAUUUGCCCAACUGAAAGUUGUCUCUUUUAAAACCCCUUUUUCAGUGUUGUGUUUGCAUUGAGGAGAGAUAAGAUUGUAACUAUAGUUUUACGAUGUACUGUGUUUAGAUUAAUAAUUUAGAAGGAGGAAAAUAUAAAAUAUUAAAAUAGCA